CUGUUACACCGCCAGCAGGGCUCCAAGACAGCGGAGCCAUGUUCCUUCUCCUGGUCCUUCUCACCCGGCUGGGAGAGCUGCACGCAGACCCCAAUUCUGAUAAAACAUUUCUGGAAACCACAAUUCCUGAGAAGAUUUCAUCAUCUGAUACCAAAACAGAUCCAGAAAAUAAUAUUGCUUAUAUAAUUACAAUAAAAGGAAGACCAUAUUUUGUCCAUCUGAGAAAGCAAUCAUUUUUAUCUCCAAUUUCUGUUGUUUACACGUAUGACAAAGAUGACACCCAACAUUCUAAGCCUUUGUUAGCUCAGGUGGACUGCAAUUAUCAAGGAUAUAUUGCAGGUUUUCCAAAUUCUCUUGUGUCACUCAACACUUGUUCGGGACUCAGGGGAACAUUGCAGAUUAAAAACACCUCAUAUGGAAUUGAACCAAUGGAGGCUGUAUCAGGAUUCGUGCACAUGAUUUAUGAAGAAAAAAAUGAUAACACUAAUAUUCCUCUCUUAGGAGAAUAUAAGACUUAUAGCUAUAAUAAUUUAUACUAUCACAUCAGAAGGAGUUCAGAAAGAACUGAAUUUUUCAAGUUAUAUCCUCAAUAUCUUGAAAUAUAUAUUGUUGUGGAUAAAAAUCUGUUUGAGUACAUGGGCUCUGAUAUAAAGACUGUAACACAGAAGAUUAUUCAGAUAAUUGGCUUUGUUAACACUAUACUUUCACAGUUAAAACUGACUGUUGUAAUAUCUUCCAUAGAAAUCUGGUCAAAUAAAAACAAAAUUUCUACUACAGGGAAUCCUAAUAUUAUAUUAUCUAGAUUUUUAGAAUGGAAAUACAAACAUGUGUUCCAACCUCAUCACACUGCAUACUUACUUGCCUUCAAGAAGCAUCCUGAUUUUUUAGGAGCCACAUUUCCUGCAAAAAUAUGUAAUAAGAAUUAUGCUGUAGGAGUUGCUCUGUAUCCAGAGGGUUUAUCCAUGGAGUCCUAUACUAUGUGUAUCGUGCAGUUGCUUAGCUUUAAUCUGGGAUUGAGUUACGACAAUCCUGACACUUGCUACUGUUCAGGAGAUGUUUGCACAAUGUCACCUAAAGCAGUGCAGUCUGGGGGUGUAAAGGAUUUUAGCACCUGUACGUUGGAUGACUUUAAAUACUUGGCUUCACAUUCUGCCUAUGGAUGUCUUCAGAGCAUUUUCCCUCAAAUUCCAGUUUAUAAAGAACAAAGCGGGGGGAUAUGUGGCAAUGGACAGUUGGAAAAUGGUGAAGAGUGUGAUUGCGGCACUAUAGAGAAUUGUACACAUAAAGAGUGCUGUGAUCCUCUAACAUGUUUAAUGAAAGCAAAUAAACAAUGUGGUUCUGGGGAAUGUUGCACAGAAGAUUGCAAGAUAAAAUCAAUUGGUAUGCAGUGUAGGAAAUCAUCUGAUGAAUGUGAUUUCACUGAAUACUGCAAUGGAGUUUCCCCACACUGUGUGCCUGACACUUAUGCACGUAACGGAGAAACUUGUGAUUCAGGUGAUUCCUUCUGUUACCAAGGACGAUGUCGGAUAUUUACCCAACAGUGUAGAAACUUGAUUGGAGGAGCUUCUAGAGGUGCUCCAUUUGCUUGUUAUGAUGAAGUAAACUCAAGAGGAGACAGAUAUGGAAACUGUGGAAAAUUUUAUUGUAACUAUGCUAAUCUUCUAUGUGGAAAAUUAGUUUGUGCUUGGCCACACAAAGCAUUAGUAUCACGUGCAAAUUUAUCUGUGAUUUACACACAUGUACGAGAGGAAAUGUGUGUAUCUACAUACCGAACCAGUGAAAGGAUACCUAGAAAUACAUUGACAACAAUUGAAACUCCUGAAGAAAGAGAUGAUACAUUUGUAGAAGAUGGCACCGUGUGUGGCCCUGAUAUGUACUGUGUCAAUUUUACCUGUGUAGAAAUUCAAUACCAGGUAAAUUAUGAGAUGUGCAAUUCUUCUCAAUGCAAUAACCGUGGAAUUUGCAACAAUUUAAAUCACUGCCAAUGUCAACAUGGGUUUGCUCCUCCUGAUUGCCUGGAGAAGAAGGAAGCAUUUGGAAGUGUAGAUGAUGGACACAUUCCUCCAUCUGGUAAAAGUUAUUUGGGGGGACGAUCAACUACUCCUUCAAAACACCGAUUUGAUCUCAUUUUCUACAUAUCUCUACCUGUGCUCAUCAUCACUGUUGCUGUUUUAAUAAAGCAGAAUAAAAUAAAAGACCUGUGCUACCGGGGGGAAACUGAAAGUGAGAGAUCUGUGUCAGAAGAAAGCAGCAGUAACAGCAAGUCAUCUCCCAGUGCAAGCACGCUUUCCAAUGCUCAAGAUGUGGAUUCAAACGGACUAUUCAUCAGUGGGUGAACGGAUAUAGAAAAUGUGCAACAGUAUCUAACAACAUUGGCCUGGAGAAAGGACAUUACCAAAUAAAUCAUCAGAAGCUGACCUAAACCAACAAGGGAAAAAUAAUUUCACCCUCACCUCUGUUGGUGUUACUGACAGUUUAAAGUGUGAAAAAAUAAAUCAUCACCAUUUGAAUCACCUAAA